AUGAGGAUUGUUCCCAGCGGGGCCACUGGAUAUCGGGAACAGGACAUGACAUUUGACCAUUUGGCCAUCAUGACAGGCGUCGCCGAGAAAGUCCCAACCGGCGCCGCGGAUAAGGAGCGGGGACUUGGACCGUGGUCGGGACCGGUGGUCAUGAGUAUGAGUGAGACCAUCCGGAUGGGACUGGAGAAGAGGGAUCCAUCUGCUGGAGCAGGUGAUUGA